AUGAUGUUCCCCCGUGGCCUUUGGACUGUAGUUGCUGCUCUAACGGCUCUCACCGCGGCGCAAGGCGCGACAGACAGUCCAUCAGUGCUUCCCAAUGGCAAAUACGAGAUCUCGAGCGAAGGCAUCAGAGCGCAAUUCAUCCCAUACGCAGCCUCGAUCACGAACUUGUUCAUCGAAGACGUUCAUGGCGUAGAGCGCGACAUUGUGCUUGGCUUCGAUAACGCCACAUACUACAGCAUCUCGAAGCUGCAUCCGCAUCUGAAUGGCGUGCCUGGACGAUAUGCGAACAGGAUCAAGAACUCGACUUUCACCAUCGACGGGAUUACUCACCAUACUGAUCCCAACGACAAUAAGGGUCUUGAUACUCUCCACGGCGGCAGUAAUGGCUGGGACUACCGGAACUGGACGCUUGUUACUCACACCUCGGACUCGGUCACUUUUUCCCUUGCUGAUGGAGAUGGCGAAAUGGGCUUCCCUGGUGAGGUCGUUGCACAUGUCACCUAUACUGUCACGCCUCAUCAAUGGCAUCUGAGGAUGACGGCGCUGUCUACCACCAAGAAAACUCCGAUUAUGCUGAGUAGCCACGACUACUGGAACCUGGACGGCUACCAGAAUCCUGAGACAGAUCUCGUAUUGAAUCACACUCUACACAUGCCGUAUGGCGGUCAGCGUAUUGCAAUCGAUGGCAUCUCGAUCCCUACUGGUGACAUCUUAGCCAACGCAAAGUAUGGUCUCAACGACUUCUGGUCAACGCCCAAGCAGCUGGGAGCCAACCUGACAAAUCCUGAACUGCUUGGCAAUUGUGGCACGAACUGCACCGGGUACGACAACUGCUACUUAACAAACCGUGAUCAACUUGGACCAUACGACUGGCGCGAGAAGCCUGUCGCCACACUCGCCAGCCCAUUCUCCGGAAUUCAAGUAGAUGUAUACACAGACCAGCAAGCUCUGCAGGUCUAUACUUGCAACAACAUGAAUGGCACCUUCGCCCUCAAAGAGACUCAGGGUCUGUACGAUGACCCAUCUCGCCCACGAGUGUCAAACAAGUACGGCUGCGUUGUCUUGGAAGUGCAAGACUGGAUCGAUGGCAUGAAUCAUCCCGAAUGGGGCAGGGAGAAGAGACAGAUUUUCGGACCUGCUGAUGAUCCGUAUGUCCUUCAAGCGACGUACGAGUUCUCGCUGAACCGUGAGCUGGCAGGGCCGAGCAAUAGUACGACCACGGGAUAUGGUUGUUGA